AUGAGUAAUUUGGAGUAUCUGGAGAAAUUUUUCAAGAAACACAAUCUCACGGGACGAGUGAAAGUGAAGUACACCGGAAUGAAGGAUGAUGACAAUAUGUCGGAAAUCACCAUAGAUGACAACACUAUGUCUAUGGAGGAUGUGAGAUUUGAUAUAGACAGCCUCUUGGACCCUAAUGUGGGGGAAGUUUGGAUGGGUGUGCAUAAGGAAACCGGAAUAGGUUUCGGGGAAUGGAUGGAAACAGACAACCAUUAUAUCCCAAGCAAUGUGGACACAAGUUCCAUAGAGGAGUAUCACAAGGAGAUGGAGGAUAUAGUUGAAGAAUUGAGGGAAACUGUUGACAAGAUAUUUACCCUUGUGGAUGAUGAGAAAGAUGUUCUUCUUUAUAUCUGGCAGUUCCCCCAGAACCUUGCCGGACUAAUAUUCAGAUUAUUCACACCAGCAGAUAUCCUCAAGGUCAAGGAUUACAAAGGAGAUGUAAAUGUGUAUGUCUCAUCAAAGAUGUCCGGAGGAAUAUCACUAGGAAAAUACAUCACACUCUCCAAAUCAUAUGCAGAUCAGAAGAGGAGUGAGGAUACUUGGAAUCACGAAUAUGGUCACACAAGACAAUCGAGAAUACUUGGUCCACUCUAUCUUCUUGUAAUAGGCAUCCCGUCAAUCACAUGGGCGGCAUUAUAUGGAUGGAUAAUCCCAUAUACAAGGAACGGAUACUACAAGUUUUUUUGCGAACAUUGGGCCGACAAACUUGGUGGAGUAGACAGGAACUAA